AUGAAAUUUAUCUUCUAUUUGACUGUCCUUGUUGGAGCAUUUUUCUGCACUCACUCGUCUGUGCAGAAAGAAGACCAUGCUCCCUACUUGGCAUACCUCAAGUCUCACUUCAACCCCUGUGUGGGUGUCCUCAUCAAAAAAAACUGGGUGCUGGCCCCAGCUCACUGCUACUUACCAAAUCUGAAAGUGUUGCUGGGAAAUUUCAGGAUCAGAGUCAAAGAUGGGACAGAGCAGACCAUUAGCCCCAUCAAUAUUAUCCGCUACUGGAACUUUACUGAUAGCUACCCCCAGGAUGACCUCAUGCUCAUUAAGCUGGCCAAGUCAGCCAACUUCAGCCACAAAGUGCAGCCCCUCGCCCUCGCCACCAGCAACGUCCAGCCAGGAACCGUCUGUCUGCUUUCAGGUCUGGACUGGAGCCAUGACAACAGUGGCAGGCACCCGGACCUGAGGCAGAUCCUGGAGGCCCCCGUGAUGUCUGAUAAAGAUUGCCAGACAACCGAGCAAGGAAAAAGCCACAGGAACUCCUUAUGUGUGAAAUUUGUCAAAGUGUUCAGCCGAAUUUUUGGGGAAGUGGCUGUUGCUACUGUCAUCUGCAAAAACAAGCUCCAGGGGAUCGAGGUCGGACACUUCAUGGGCGGGGAUGUCGGCAUCUAUACCAAUGUUUACAAAUAUAGAUCCUGGAUUGAGAACACCAUUAAAGACAAGUGA